AUGUAUGGGAAUUAUCCACACUUCAUUAAGUUUUCCACAGGCUUCGGGAAUUCUCCAGGACACACCAGUUCUGCACCAGCAAAUCUGCAACCUGUCCCUCUUACGGGGAAUUCCAUAGAUGGUCACUCCAGUUAUUUUGAGGUUCCCCUCAGUGGUUCAAGGACUCUCUCUUCCCCUCUGAGUUCAGUUGGGUCCGGCAAUACAAUGAGCUCCCCGUACAGAGUAAUCACAUCCUCCUCUAUUGGAGCACAUUCUGUCCCUUUAACUGCACAACCAGGCAUGAAUUUUGCUGCACACCCUAAUCCACAGCUUAACGUCAUGAACAGUGUCAGCAGCUCUGAAGACAUCAAGCCGCUGUCAGGCCUGCAAGAGACAGGAGCUGUGAACUACGGCUCCACAAAUCCAGGAUCCAUGACUAAGCAUAGCUGUGCCAUUUGUGGGGACAGGUCAUCAGGGAAACACUAUGGGGUAUACAGUUGUGAAGGCUGCAAAGGCUUCUUCAAACGGACGAUAAGAAAGGACCUUUUCUACACCUGUCGUGAUAACAAAGACUGUCUAAUUGACAAGCGACAGAGAAACCGUUGUCAGUAUUGCCGUUAUCAGAAAUGCCUGGCAAUGGGCAUGAAGAGAGAAGCUGUUCAAGAGGAAAGACAGAGAAGCAGAGAGCAGAGUGAGAAUGAAACAGAGUCUACUAGCAGCCACAGUAGGACCAGUGAAGACAUGCCAGUGGAGAGAAUUUUAGAAGCUGAAAUGGCUGUUGAACCCCAAACUGAAUCUUAUACUGACACUGACCACUCGGUAGGUACCAAUGAUCCCGUCACCAAUAUAUGCCAUGCAGCUGACAAGCAACUUUUCACAUUGGUGGAAUGGGCUAAGCGGAUUCCUCAUUUUUCAGAUCUGACAUUGGAAGAUCAAGUAAUUCUCCUCCGUGCAGGUUGGAAUGAGCUGCUGAUUGCUUCUUUUUCCCACCGCUCUGUCUCAGUGCAGGAUGGUAUCUUGUUGGCCACUGGCUUACAUGUGCAUCGGAACAGUGCGCACAGUGCCGGGGUGGGCUCCAUUUUUGACAGGGUUCUCACUGAGCUGGUAUCCAAAAUGAAAGACAUGCAGAUGGACAAAUCUGAGCUGGGCUGCCUACGAGCCAUUGUGCUGUUCAAUCCAGAUGCCAAGGGCCUGUCCAGUCCUACAGAGGUAGAAUCACUGCGUGAGAAAGUUUAUGCUGCUCUAGAGGCAUAUACCAAACAGAAGUAUCCUGAACAACCUGGAAGGUUUGCAAAACUUCUCCUAAGGCUGCCUGCCCUGCGAUCUAUUGGUUUGAAAUGCCUAGAGCACCUCUUCUUCUUCAAGCUGAUCGGCGAUACUCCAAUUGACACAUUCCUCAUGGAGAUGCUGGAGACUCCGCUGCAGAUUACUUGAUCUCCACAAGAUGCCAAGGAAGGAGUACAGAGGAUGUACUCAUGAUUUUUGUUCAAGGCUCCAUGGAUCUGCUCACUUUUGCCUGCUCCCUCUCUUGUCCUUCAUUAUGGAGCAUAAUAGGCAGUGGGGGGGCACCUCGUUCAGUGCC